AAUUCACAGCGUUAAAUUAUUUUGAAAAUUAAAAUCAUAAUCUUAGUCAGUGUUGCGUUUGAAUUUCACGCAAAUGACGCUGAAAGUGAAGUGGGUCAGAUAAAAUGCAGUAGUGCAAGGGCAUACACUUGAUCAAGUAUAUUGAAAAUUUCCAUGUCUUAUCAUUGUAUCCCUAUUAUAUCAAAAAGUGCUGGGAGCUGUAUGAAGUCGCUACGCAUUUCAUAUAAAUAAGCGUUAAUUGCGGGAAAUCCCAGUAAAUUGCUGUUCAUACACUGUUUACAUUGAAUUUAAUUAUUGUUCUUACUUGAAUAUUUUAAGCUCCCAGCACUUUUCAAAAUUUUGAAGGUUCAUUUUACAAGUUAGAAACAGAAAUAACUAUAUUUGUUUAUGUUAAGCCCUUGCACUUUGCAUUUUUUAGUAUUAUUCCUGGUUCAUCUAUUUUUAGCAGUAUCACGUGACAGGGUAUUCCCAAGAGACUCAAAAAUUGUCCAUCCGAUAACAAAUUAUUUAAUUUGUAUAAUCGAUAAAAUAUCACUUUGUUUAACAAAUGUUUGGAGUAGAAUACCAAGAUUGUUCAAAGGCUAACAUUUUAUGUGAUAAAUAUCGCUAUUUUUGUAUGGACGCCCUUAACAUAGCUGAGUCGGUGUGCCUUGCAUCGAUUAGGCAUUAAGCAAAUAUGUCGAUAUAUAUAUAUAACACCGAGAUAACAACAUCUACCAUUCUCUUUGUGUCAAGGUGCAUUUCUUUAUAGCAAUACAUUUGUUCACGAAAUCAAGGUAUAUCGUAAAGAAUGAUAAGAACCAAUUUUGGAUUUGUGACUGUAAGCCCUUACACUGAAAAAAAUUUCGUCCGUCUACUGUGCGAUACUGGGGUUUUUUUCACACAGCGUUUUCAGAUUAUCUAAGAAGAGGUUGUGUAACAGGAUGGAAACGAAGAUUAUCAAUGACCCAAUUUGGGGACCUAUAGAACUGCAUCCGUUGUGCAUCAGGAUCAUCGACACUCCACAGUUUCAACGACUUCGAUCCAUUAAACAGCUUGGUGGAUGCUCCUUUGUCUACCCAGGCGCUUGCCAUACUAGAUUUGAACACUCUAUCGGAACAUCAUAUUUGGCGAGAAGAUUAGGCCAAGAACUACAAAAGAAAAUAGCUGCAGAACAGUUAAAUGAGCUUGAAAUAACAGAUGAAGAAAUUCUUUGUUUGGAAGUAGCAGGGCUUUGCCAUGACUUAGGCCAUGGUCCAUUUUCCCACUUGUUUGAUCUACAAUUCUUUAAGAAGGCAAAACCUGGUGAAACAUGGGAACACGAGGACGCAUCAAUUAAAAUGAUCCAAGGAAUUUUUGAAAUCAUUCAGCAAGAUUAUGUUAACGAUGAGGAAAUUAAAUUCAUCAAAGAUCUAGUUAAGCAAACGGACGAAACUUGCACAGAAAAGCGUGAAACCAAACCUUUCCUUUACGAGAUAAUUGCCAACGAUUUAAACAAGAUUGACGUGGACAAAUGGGAUUAUUUUUCAAGAGACUGUCACAUGCUGGGACUCCAUCACAAUUUCCAAUGCGAGAGAAGCAUCAAAGUUGCCAGAUUAGUGAAACAUAACGGGAAAUACCACAUCAGCUUUCCAAAAUCGGAGUAUUUUAAUCUGUUUGACAUGUUUUACACCCGGUUUACUUUGCACCGUCGAGCUUACCAACAUUCUGUGACCAAAGCUGUAGAAAUGAUGAUAGCAGAUGCGUUUUUAAACGCAGACGAAAGCCUGAUGUUUCCACCUAAUCAAACGGACCAGUGGUGUUUGUCUGAGACGGUGAAAGAUAUGAGAGCAUAUCUAUGGGUAACUGAUGACAUCCUAAAUCAGAUAAGAACCCUUAACCCGGAUGGCAAUGACAAAAUCAAAAAAGCCCAAGAGAUUGUGGACAGAAUCUAUCGUCGAGACUUCUACAAAGUUAUCGGCGAAAAGCGAGUAAAAUGGAGGGACGAGUCCAAAUCGCUGCCGAAAAACUGUCUUAAAAAGUGGAUGGAAGAAAAAUUAACCACAGAUAAGGAUUUGUUUGAGAUACAGGUAAUAGUGUUUCAUUAUGGAAGCGGAAAGACAAACCCAAUGAAUAAUGUAAAACUGCAUCGAAACAUUAAAGAGGUAUCUGAGAAAGAAAAGGAGUCAGAACAUUGCAAUGGGGACAAAGGAAAAAAAUCUAAGACAUGCAAGCGUGUUCAACGUGCAGUUAUGACUAAUGACGAGAUUUCUGACAUGUUGCCUGCCAAGUUUGAGCAAAUUUACUUGCGACUUGUUUGGAAGGGCGAUACAAGUCCACAGUCGUAUCAAGAGAUACUGAUGGAAUUUUCUAAGUUAAAAGGAUAUGAUGACGAGAACAUCAAAGUUGACUUUAUAGAUACAAUGCAAGUCGGUGAUAGUGAAAAAAGUGAUUAACAAAGUUCGUACCUUAAUUAGGAACAAAACAAGUGCCGGUCGCCUGCAGUCAAGUUUUACAUAUAUAUUUUCCACAAGUAAAACAUAUGGUUUGAAACAGUCGUCUGUGCAUAUGUUGGAUAAUUUAUCGUUUGUAUAACUGUUUAUUACAUACUUAGUUAUACAUGUAAAUACAUGUACAUCAUUUUGCAUACAUUAAUAUACGAUACAGCAUGUUUCCCGUAUCAAACCCCGUGGCAG